CUUCAAGGAUGGCGGCAUCCACGGCACUGACUCUGCAGGAGAGCCCCAGCAUGAAAAAAGCAGUGUCGCUGAUAAAUGAAAUAGAUAUAGGAAAACUUCCACGAUUGCUCACCCCAAUUCUUCAAAAACUUCACCUGAAGGCUGAGAAUAGUUUCAGUGAAGAAGAGGAAGAAAGACUCCAAGCUGCAUUUUCUCUAGAGAGACAAGAUCUUCACCUAGUUCUUGCAACAAUAUCAUUCAUUUUAGAACAGGCCCUAUAUCACAAUGUGAAGCCAGCUGCUUUGCAGCAGCAGUUAGAGAACAUUCAUCUUAGACAAGACAAAGCAGAAGCAUUUGUCAAUGCUUGGUCGUCUAUGGGUCAAGAAACAAUUGAAAAAUUCAGGCAGAGGAUUCUCGCACCCCACAAGCUGGAGACGGUCGGAUGGCAGCUUAACCUUCAGUAGAUGGCUCACUCUGCCCAAGCAAAACUAAAAUCUCCUCAAGCUGUGUUACAGCUAGGAGUGAGCAAUGAAGAGUCGAAGAGCCUGAAGGAAGUUCUUGUGGAAUUCAGUCACAAGGAAUUGUUUGAUCUCUAUAACAAGCUUGUGACCAUACAAGCACAGCUGGAUUCCCUUACAGGAUGUUCUCCAAGACUUGUUUCUCUAUACACUCCUGCCACCUUAUUAUUUUGCACUGAAGAUAAACGGCCAGGUUGUGUUUUCUGA